UAUCCCUGUUCUUACUCCCCCAAACCCAACCAUGUACUCCCUCACCACCACCAGGGUUUUGGUCGUCGUCGUCGUCGUUCUCCUCCUCCUCCUCUGUGCGCGGCAUCCCCUCCGGGACCUCCCUAGGUUUAAACCCUACGUUCCAGCGCUCUCCCCCGCGCCGCGCGAUGUGGAGGCGCGGGAUCCUUCGCCGGAGCUCCGCGGCGCGGGAGCCGGGGCUAAGGUUCCGGUGGGCGUCCACGGCGUGCCGCGCCGUGGUGGUGCCGCGAUUUGGCGGGCCCGAGGUCCUCGAGGUGCGCGGCGCUGUCGCCGUCCCCGAUCUGAAGCCGAGGGAGGUGCUCGUCCGAUCCCGCGCCGUCUCCAUCAAUCCCUUGGACUUGAGAAUGCGAUCUGGUUAUGGUCGUUCGAUAUUUGAACCGCUUCUGCCGAUCAUUCUUGGUCGUGAUGUUAGCGGCGAAGUUGCAGCUGUUGGUUCUUCUGUUUCUUCCCUCACUGUUGGGCAAGAAGUAUUUGGUGCGCUGCAUCCGACAGCUGUGAGAGGCACUUACACUGAUUAUGCCAUUCUCUCGGAGGACGAACUAACUCUCAAGCCGCCCUCGCUGUCUCACGAGGAGGCGAGUGCAAUUCCAUUCGCUGCUUUGACUGCAUGGCGUGCUUUAAAAAGUACAGCUCGAAUUUCACAAGGACAAAGAUUGUUGGUGCUAGGCGGAGGAGGGGCAGUUGGACUAGCUGCAAUUCAGCUUUCCGUUGCUGCAGGGUGCAGUGUGACCACUACAUGUGGAAGCCAGAGUAUUGAACGAGUUCUGGCUGUUGGUGCUGAGAAAGCUAUUGAUUAUACAACUGAGGAUAUUGAGUCGGCAAUUAAAGGUCAAUUUGAUGCUGUUCUAGACACUAUAGGGAUACCUGAAACUGAAAGAGUUGGCAUUAAUCUUUUAAGGAAAGGUGGACACUAUAUGACUCUUCAGGGAGAGGCAGCAUCCAUAGCUGAUAGAUAUGGAUUGACUGUAGGUCUUCCUGCAGCUACAGCUAUUCUAUUAAAGAAGCAAAUUCAGUACCGCUAUUCUCAUGGUAUAGAGUAUUGGUGGACGUACAUGCGGGCGGACCCUGAAGGGUUAGACGAAAUCCGCAGAUUAUCAGGAGCAGGGAAGCUGCAGAUACCGGUCGACAAGACGUUCCCUAUCACCGAAGUAAGAGAAGCUCAUAGAGUCAAAGAGAAAAGGCUAAUACCUGGUAAGGUCGUGCUCGAAGUCGAUUAGUUUUAGCAGAGUAGAAAAGUGAAUUAGUUAAAUAAAUGAAGAAGAAGAGAUGAAUGUACAUGUGACAUUGUUUUUUGUUGUCUGAUGAACCUCUCUUUCCUUCCUUUCUAUAUUGAAGUGUAAUCAAUUUCUCUCUUUUAGUCCAUGUUUCCAAGAUGACUAAACAAAAACAGUGGGCAACUGCUUCUGCUGAUAGAUAUUACAAUUCUUUAAUUGGUUAAACA